AAUUAUAAAAUUAAAAUAGUUAUAAUAAUUCUCAAUUUGCAAAAACCCUAAAACCCUUUUUUCCUCCCAUAAACAAAACAAUCAUUCUUUCUCCUUCGCAUGUAUCAUUGAGGAAGUCGUCUCCUUGUUCACUACUUAGCCGCAUCAUACACGGCAUCUGCUUCACUGCUUCGUACAGAGUUUUGUGAUUGUGAUAAAUCUUAGCAACAAGAAAUUAAGAAUUUGUGUGGCAAUGGGAGGAGGAAGGAAGAAUUUGAAAAGGGCAACUGAGGAAAAACAUGUAACCCUUCAAGAUGGGCAAUGUAUCAUGCAGGUUGUGUCUCUUCGCGGCUCCAAUCUCAUUGAGGUUAUGGAUGCAAGUGGCGAGAAAUCACUAGCUCUAUUUCCUGCUAAAUUUCAGAAAAGCAUGUGGAUAAAACGAGGAAACUUUGUUGUAGUUGAUGAAAGUGGAAAGAAAGAGGCUCUUGAAUCAGGAAGCAAGGUUGGAUGUAUUGUUGUUCAAGUUCUUGUCUAUGCACAAGUCCGAACAUUACAGAAAUCUGCAGAAUGGCCUGAAAUUUUUAAACAUGAUUUAAAUGAGAGAGCCACCGUGCAACAAGAGAAUGAGACGGACGCGAGUGAUGAUGAUGAUGAUGGACUACCUCCAUUAGAAGCCAAUACAAACAGGAUAAGACCUUUUGAGCCGACUGUCGAUGAAGAUUUAGAAUCUGAUUCGGACAAUGAUGAUUAUUUUGUUGGCUCCAAUAGUUCAACGAACACUAUAUAAAGAAUGUUCUUAUACUGUAUCCAUGUGAUGAUUCUCUUUAGUAUUCAAAUGUUUAACUCUACAUGUCAAUUAUAGAACACAUACAAUUGUUUGUCUGA